UGCCCGCCCCAGUGCCCCCGCCCCAGCGUGCGAGGUGCCGCGCCCUCCUGCUGCCCUGCCUGGUGCAUGGAGGGGCCUGUUCGGAUCGCAGCCGCCAACGCCGCCAGCGCUCUGGGGGAUGACCUGGGGGUGGCUUUCGGAGCCGGCUGCCGCGCAAGAGGUCUGGGGGCUUAGCCAGCCCAGCCAAGAGUGAGCCAAGGCCUGGGUGUUCUCCACAGUCUUCCUGCCUACUUCUGGAAUCAGACGCCAUGCAUCCAGAUCUUGGACCCUUAUGGACACUGCUGUAUGUUAUUCUUUUGAUUCUGUGUUCUUCUGUGAGUUCAGACUUGGCACCUUAUUUUAUUUCUGAGCCUCUCUCUGAGGUCCAGAAGUUUGGUAGACCUGUGGUACUACAUUGUUCUGCUAAACCCGUGACUGCUCACAUCUCAUGGUUGCAUAAUGGAAAACAUUUGGAUAGAAACAUGGAACAGAUUAAGAUUCACCAGGGGACAUUGACAAUCCUUUCUCUCAACCCCUCCCUUUCGGGUUACUACCAGUGCAUUGCCAACAAUAGCAUCGGUGCAGUUCUAAGUAGCCCUGCAACAAUAUCCCCUGCAGUUCUUGGUGACUUUGAUUCUUCAACAAAGCAUGCUAUUACAGCAGAAGAAAAAAGCACUGGUUUCGUUGGCUGCAGAGUACCAGAGAGUAAUCCUAAAGCUGAAGUGCGCUAUAAAAUCCGGGGGAAAUGGCUGAAACAUUCCACAGGGAAUUACAUAAUUCUUCCAUCAGGAAAUCUUCAAAUUUUGAAUGUAUCCUCAGAGGACAAGGGAUCAUACAAAUGUGCAGUUUAUAAUCCUGUCACCCAUGAAUUAAAAGUUGAACCCAUUGGCCAAAAGCUCCUUGUGAGUCGCCCUGCCUUGGAUGGGUUUCACAUUCUUCACCCUACCCUUCCACAGGCAUUGGCUGUCCUUUCUCAUAGCUCUGUAACCCUGGAGUGUGUGGUGAGUGGGGUCCCAGCCUCACAAGUGUAUUGGCUGAAGGAUGGGCAGGAUGCUGUACCGGGAAGCAACUGGAGAAGGUUACAUUCACAUCUUGCCACUGCUAGCAUUGAUCCAGCAGACUCUGGAAACUAUUCCUGUGUGGUGGGCAACAAAUCUGGCGACGUAAAACAUGUCACUUAUGUGGUUAAUGUACUCGAACAUGCUUCAAUUUCUAAGGGACUGGAAGAUCAGAAAGUAUCUCUAGGUGCCACAGUACUUUUCACUUGUGAUGUUCGUGGGAACCCAGCACCUAACCGUACCUGGUUUCAUAAUGCACAGCCUGUUCGUCCUUCCUCACGACAUUUAACUGCAGGAAAUGGACUGAAAAUUACUGGGGUUACAAUGGAAGACUCUGGACUGUAUCAGUGUGUGGCAGAUAAUGGGAUUGGAUUUAUGCAGUCCACUGGAAGACUUCAAGUCGAAAAAGACAGUGGAUUUAAGCCAGUUAUAAUUACUGCACCAGCAAGUGCCAGAGUGGUAGAUGGAGACUUUGUGACUUUGUCCUGCAAUGCCACUGGAGUGCCAGUUCCAGUCAUUCGUUGGUAUGGCGCCCACGGAUUGAUAACCAGCCAUCCAUCUCAAGUCCUUAGGUCUAAAUCUCGAAAGUCACACUUAUUAAGACCCGGAGCCCUUGACCCAGAGCCUGUCUACUUCAUCAUGUCCCGAGCUGGCUCAAGCUCGCUCUCUAUUCAGGCUGUUACUCAGGAGCAUGCUGGGAAAUACAUCUGCGAAGCUACAAAUGAUCAUGGCACCACACAGUCAGAGGCAUUUCUUAUAGUUGUUCCUUUUGAAACAAAUACGAAAGCAGAAACAGUCACACCUUCUGAUGCUACCCAGAAUGAUGAAAGAGACCAAAGAGAUGGUUCAGACUCUGGCUUAUUGAGCUCAAUUCCAAUGAAAAUAUAUCCCAGUGGAGUGGAAUCAUUAUCAGAGAAGAAUGCCAGUGGCACCUCUGCCCCUGAUGCCCCCAUCAUCCUGAGCCCCCCACAAACCCAUACGCCAGACACAUACAACCUGGUUUGGAGGGCAGGAAAAGAUGGCGGACUGCCCAUCAAUGCCUAUUUUGUGAAAUAUCGAAAGCUGGACGAUGGUGCUGGUAUCGUGGGAAGCUGGCACACAGUUCGAGUCCCAGGAAGUGAAAAUGAGCUGCAUUUAACUGAACUGGAGCCAUCCAGUCUUUAUGAAGUUUUGAUGGUGGCAAGAAGUGCUGCAGGUGAGGGUCAGCCAGCCAUGCUCACCUUCCGAACCAGCAAAGAAAAAACAGCAUCAUCAAAAAACUCCCAGGCCUCUUCUCCACCCGUGGGCAUCCCUAAGCAUCCUGUGGUUUCAGAGGCAGCAAACAACAAUUUUGGAGUGGUGCUUACAGAUUCCGCCAGGCAUAGUGGAGUUCCAGAGGCUCCAGAUCGGCCUACCAUCUCCACUGCAUCAGAGACCUCUGUGUAUGUCACUUGGAUUCCCCGGGCGAAUGGUGGGUCUCCAAUUACUGCCUUCAAGGUGGAAUAUAAGAGGAUGAGGACUAGUGAUUGGCUGGUGGCAGCUGAAGAUAUCCCUCCCUCCAAACUUUCUGUGGAAGUUCGUAGUUUAGAACCAGGUUCAACGUACAAAUUUAGGGUCAUUGCCAUCAACCAUUAUGGUGAGAGUUUUCGAAGUUCGGCUUCUCGUCCCUAUCAGGUGGCUGGAUUCCCCAAACGUUUUUCCAAUCGACCGAUAACUGGACCUCAUAUCGCCUACACAGAGGCUGUUAGUGACACACAGAUCAUGCUAAAGUGGACGUACAUUCCAUCAAGUAACAAUAACACUCCCAUUCAAGGAUUUUAUAUCUAUUACCGACCAACAGAUAGUGACAAUGACAGUGACUAUAAGAGGGAUGUUGUAGAAGGUUCAAAGCAGUGGCACAUGAUURGUCACCUCCAGCCAGAAACCUCCUAUGAUAUUAAAAUGCAAUGCUUUAAUGAAGGAGGAGAGAGUGAGUUUAGCAAUGUGAUGAUCUGUGAGACUAAAGUGAGACGUGUCCCUGGAGCUUCUGAGUAUCCUGUCAAAGACCUGAGUACUCCUCCAAAUUCUUCAGGAAGUGGAGGAAAUGCUGGGCCUGCAACCAGCCCUGCCAGAAGCAGUGAUAUGUUAUACCUCAUUGUUGGCUGUGUGCUUGGUGUCAUGGUCCUCAUUCUUAUGGUUUUCAUUGCGAUGUGCCUGUGGAAGAGUCGCCAACAGAAUGCCAUACAGAAAUACGACCCACCAGGAUAUCUCUACCAAGGGUCAGAUAUUAAUGGGCAGAUGGUGGAAUUUACCACUGUCUCUGGAACAAACCGAAUAAAUGGAAAUGUCCAUGGUGGCUUCCUGAGCAAUGGCAGCCUCAGCAAUGGCUGCUCUCACCUCCACCAUAAGGUUCCUAACGGAGUCAAUGGAAUUAUGAAUGGGAGCCUAAAUGGGGGAAUUUACUCUGGGCACACGAACUCUCUAACCAGGACACGGAUGGAGUUUGAACAUCCUCGUCAUCUACUGAAUGGUGGUGGAAUGUACACAGCAGUCCCCCAGGUUGACCCUCUGGAGUGCAUUAACUGUCGGAAUUGUCGAAACAACAAUAGGUGUUUCACCAAAACCAACAGCACUUUUAGCAGCAGCACCCUUCCCUUGGUCCCAGUGAUAGCACCUUAUCCUCAGGAUGGUUUGGAAAUGAAGCCCCUCAAUGCCAUGAAGAUGCCUGUGUGCCUGGCUUCCACAGUCCCUGACUGUGGCCAGUUACCUGAGGAGAGCAUCAAGGACAGGCUGSCACCCCUACCUACCCAGCAUAUCUGCUGUCAGGACAAUAUAAAUGGCAUCAAUUCUGAAUCUACAGAAGACACAACAGAGUUUAACAGAGGAGAGAGCUGUGGCCAUUCAGAAACAGAAAACAAAAUUUUAAAUUGGAAACCUCUGAUUUUGCCACCUGUUUCAGAGGAUUGUACUGAGAAGACUACAUGGUCUCCUCCUGGCAUUCCAUCAGAGAGCUCAUCAGGGGUCCUUCAGCAACCCCAGGAAACCUGAGGAUGUGCAAAUACAUAGCCAGGUUCCCACCUCAAGCCARUAACUGCACAGAACAGGCCUGGGAAUGACCUGUGUGAAGGACAUUAAUUCAAAUCACAGAAAAUCAUUAUUUAUUUUUUUGUAGUAAUGUCAUAUGAAUGUAUCUUAAAAUGUGUGUCCUUUUAUAUUAUUUAUGCCUGAAAAAUGCCUUUCCCUAUUCCUUCCUUCCCCCUCAGUAGGAAAUGGCCUUUUACAUAGUUUUCAAUCAUCUGGAGAGUAGAGGGAUCACUCUGUGUUUUCUAAAACCCUCAGUGACACUAAGAACUCCUUAAGCUAUGGGUACAGUCUGUUGGCUUUCAGCUAGGAGGGAGUUGCACAGGCCAUUUGAAGUUGGCCCCCUUCACAUUUUCAGAUGGAAAACUGUCAUUCAAUAUUAUGUUAACAGACCUGAGAACAUUUUGAAAUCAACCACACUUGCAACCUAAUGUUUAUAAUAGCAGAUCUGGCUGAUAAAGUUUUACAAGAGUGCCUUCCAUAAACUGCUUAUUUACCUUCUGUCUGCCCAUGGGCAUCAAACAAUGUUCAGUCUUCUAAGCACCAACCAUAGCCAGUGUUGUGGACAUGGGAGAGUGUGAGGUCUAAUUGUAUUAUUGCAGGAUGUAGGAGGACACGUAUAGCUGGAGAGAAAUUAAUGCCUUAAUAUCCCACUGCUUUAAAAUUACAUUAGUUUAUAAAAUGAUCGUCACAUGGCUCUUUUUCAACUAUUUCUAAAAGUAGGAACAACAACAACAACAAAAAAGACAACUGUAAAGCAGUGGCUUGAAGAGAAAGAUACACAUUUUAAAAAGAAAGAAAAGGGAGGGCUACAGUGGCCUCUCGGCAGAAGCUCUUCAUCCUGUUUCAUAGGUAUAUAUAUGCUCAUGGUGCCAUACUACUUGACAGUAGUCAUUUUCUCACUUCCUAUAUGGAUAGCAGUUGGAACACAUGAGUGAGUGUGUGUAAGUCGGUUUUUCAUCACUGUAACAAAAUACCUGAGGUAAUUUAUGUGUAAAGAAAUAAGAUUUAUUUUGGUUUCUAGUUUUAGAGGCUCCAAUCCAUGCUAUUGGUUUAUGCCUGUACCAAGACAGCACAUCAUGGAGGGGAUGUGUGGUGGAGCAAAAACCACUUCCAUCACAAACCAGGGAGCAAUGGGAGAAAGAAGAAAGGUCUGGGAUCUCACAGUUCUAUUUAAGGGCACACCCCAAGUGACCUAAAAACCUCACCCCACCUAUUAAAGGUUCCACACCUCCCUAUGGUGCCACCCUGGGGACCAAGCUUUUAACACUUGGACUCCUGGGGCACACUGAAGAUCCAAACUAUAGCAGAGUGUCAGUAAAGAUUUAAUUUUGAGGAAAAAGGUUUGUUUUAGUUUCCUGAUUUUUUUUUUUUCAGAAUGCAUUGUAAACAGGCACCUAAAGCUUUGAUAAACAGAGCUUAUGCAUCACAAGUUGCUGCUGCCUCUGAGUGACAAGGACAUUACAACUGCCUUUUGGAAGUCUUCUUUCUCAAUGUUAGGAAAAGAAAACAGAAAAAAAAAUCAAACACUAUAAAUGUAUUUCAAAUCUUGAGUCAGGUUUUCAUGAAGUCACUGCUCUUUUUUGGAUUGUGCAUCCCAUUUGGGGGAAGAAACAAAAAGUCAUUCUUCUUACAUAAGAUCAASCAGUUAUAGCAUAAGUUUUUCUUUUUUUAAAAAAAAGAACUAGUUUCUCAGAAAUUGCAGUGGAAUAGAAUAAUAGAAUACUAUGUUAAUCAACUGUAUGUAAAUGCAUCAGUUUUUCCUUACAUAURUUUAUAUAUUUUAUAAAUAGAACUGUUAGUGAAAAUGUUCUGUUUCAGCUGGGUCACUAAGCUAGAGUUACUUCCAGUAGAUUAUAGGAAAUAUAGUGCCAUAGCUGGAUAUUAGAACUAUAAGAAAAGCAAGUUCUACAUUCCAAUGUUCAUGCCUGUAGUGUACCAGAUUAAUUCUUUGUGUUGCUUAGAUGCAAUUAGCUUUGGAGGGGGAWAGCUGCAGCCCUUACUUCUCUGACUAGCAAAGGACAAAGUCCUAGUACAUAGAACAUAAGGAAUACCCAGUGUGAAUCAACUAAGUUAUACAGAAGAAGUUUAAGGAAACUAGGGAGUAGGUGUCCCUGGCAGUCAUUUUGAUUCCUGAAACAGGUGUAUUAGCAUAAGCUUUAGGUCAGAAACUGCUUCWAAAGAUUGAGUUUGAAUAUGGGACUUGUCCACGAGGAAGAGAAAAUAACUUUACCUUUCGGGCAAUCUCAUUCUGGACUGCUUUAUUUAUAUGAUUAGUAACGCUGUUUUAAGUGUUAUUCAUUUUAUUGUAUUUUAUUUA